AUGAAUUUGGUUUUUGCAUUCAUUUUAUUGGCAACGCUUUACAUGGUCAAUGCUAUUCCACCACAACAACUUCUUAAAAAAACUUCUACUACCUUUGUAUCAUGUCCUGUAUUUGAAGGAGCACCACCACCUACACUCACUGUAACACUUUCACCUGAUCCUAUCGUUGCUGGAACAGCUGAUGUUUUUACUGUUUCUGGAAUACUGAAUUAUGAUAUCACCGCAAGUGACGAACUUGUUAUUUCAUUUUCUGAUCCACUAGCUAAUACUGUCAUAAAUACCACUGCUGUAGCGCUUUGUGAUGGAAGUAAUUGUCCAAUUAAAGCUGGAAUCCCAUUUACUCAAACAGUGCAAGUUUCAGUGCCAGCGAAGUUACCUAGUCCAUAUGCUGCUAUAGUUGCUGUUGUUGACCCAGUUGCUAACGGUAUGAUAGGCUGUGCAGUUGCUUUUGUUUGGUUGUGA